CUAGCGGAGGAGGUGUUCCUGGCGGCCAUCUUUGAUGCGAGAAGUGAUUGUUUGGCGAAUAGAAAUAAUAGGAAAUAAAAAUAUAGCGUGAAAAGUUGGGGAAUUGUGGUGGAACUGAAGGGGCUGUUAAGAGGAAGAGUGAAACCUCAGGAAAAUCAGUAGAAGAAGGCAUGAAGCAAACAUCAUAGUCAAGAAGUCAUGGCUGAUAAAAGAAAACUUCAAGGGGAAAUAGACAGAUGUUUGAAAAAAGUUGCAGAAGGGGUAGAGCAGUUUGAGGACAUUUGGAAAAAGCUCUAUAAUGCAGCCAACGCCAACCAAAAAGAGAAAUAUGAAUCUGACCUCAAGAAAGAGAUAAAAAAACUACAGCGUCUUCGUGACCAGAUUAAGACAUGGGUCGCCUCCAGUGAGAUCAAAGACAAAAGACAGCUAGUAGAGAAUCGCAAAAUCAUUGAGACGCAAAUGGAGCGAUUUAAGAUUGUGGAACGGGAGACCAAAACAAAAGCGUACUCUAAAGAAGGACUCGGCCUCGCUCAGAAAGUCGAUCCUGCACAGAAAGAGAAAGAAGAGAUCGGCCAGUGGCUAGCGAACACGAUAGACACAUUAAACAUGCAAGUGGACCAGUUUGAGAGCGAGGUUGAAUCGCUUUCUGUGCAGACCAAGAAGAAGAAAGGAGACAAAGAGAAACAGGAUCGGGUCGAGGAACUGAAACGAAUGAUCGAGAGGCACCGGUUUCACAUCCGCAUGCUGGAAACCAUCCUUAGAAUGCUGGACAAUGACUCGAUACAGGUGGAUGCCGUCCGCAAGAUUAAAGAUGACGUCGAGUACUACCUUGAUUCCUCUCAAGAUCCUGACUUUGAGGAGAAUGAGUUUCUCUAUGAUGACAUUGAUUUAGAGGACAUACCCCAGCCAGUAGUUGCCACAUCUCCAACAGGUCACACAGAGGAUGAGAUCUUCCAGCACUCCAGUUCCACACCGACCUCCACAACGUCGUCAUCUCCCAUACCUCCCUCUCCAGCUACUUUCACUACGAAUUCGGAAGAUGAUAAGAAAAGAGGUUGUUCAACAGACAGUGAAAUCAGCCAGUCACCUACCAAGAAUGGAAAUCCAUCUUCAUCUCUAUCCUCCUCUUCCUCAUCGUCAUCCUCAUCCUCGGGAGUCUCUUCAAACUCUUUGAUCUCCAUGGCGACUGUCGCCAGCAGCAUAAGUUUGUCAUCAGGGAGCAGCAGCCUCUUAGGCAACAUGGUUGGCCCCCUCCAGAACUCUGGCAGCUAUAGUUCAGCAACCCAGCAACAAACACAGCAAUCCCAACAGCAGCACCUGCCCAAAAACUCAGUCUCCUCUCUCUCCAAUGCCAACUCGGUCUCCUCCAGCAACAGUAUCUUACUUCCAACAUCCACCUCCACGUCGUCGCCCAACACCAGCACACCGGGCCCACUGACACCCAGCUCGCAGAGCCAACCUCCAUUGGGAAUGGGCCUUUCCUCCAGUCUGGGCCUUGGGAAGGGGACGUCUGUGACUAGUGGCACAAACCAGAUGCCCGGUCUGGUUCUUUCAGGGAUGCCGGCAUCCUUAAACAGCAUGACUGGGUUUUUGAGCGGAUCCACCCCGGCGCCUUAUGCACAAGCGGCCGCCACAGGUUGCAUGGGCAGCGGGCUGUCAGCAUCAAUUGGAAUGAAUAUUAGCAGUACAAACUCCAGUGGAGUCGUAACCUCAGUGGGGACUAACGGAAGUCUAGGCUCCACAAGCCUCUUGGGCUCAGGGCCUGGUGUUCUGGGUCUUGGGUCCACACAGUCCACUGUGGAGCCCUUACCUUUGGUGGCUCCCAUCUCUGUGGGAGGCGCACUGACCUCAGGGAGCAACGUGGGAGUUAUCGGAAGCAACGGAGGAACCUCUGGGACAGGAAACGCAGCGGGAAGUGCUGUGCUACCACGGCCACCUAGUGGGCCGAAACAAAACGGCGGUACAAGUUAUAGUGCUGUGGUAGCAGACAGCACGUCAGACUCCGCCCUCAACUGUGCCAUCCAAUCACAGAAUAGCCAAUCCUCAUCCUUAAAUUCCUCAACAAAUCAGCCUAAGGACAGUGGGUCCAGCCUUCUGGGGUUGAUGACACUGCCGCCCAGCUCGCCCUCACCGUCAUACAGUGAGAGUAAAGCAGGCGGUGGCAGCCUGCUGAACGGCCCGCACUCAUACACACAGGCUGCCGACACCAUCAAGCAUCAGGAGCCUCCAAGCUCUUUAAAGUCGAUGGCAGAGAGGGUUGCCCAGGGCUCAGGGUUAGAAGGAGAGCUGUCUGCACUACAUAUCUCAAGUGAUAUAUUUCCCAGCUCCACGGCCCCUUCAGGUACUCCUGCAGCACCUCAGUCUGCUCUGUCAGAGGUGAGCAUCCCCCCAUCGUUGGGCGUGUGUCCACUGGGCCCCGUCCCCCACUCCAAAGAGCAACUCUACCAGCAAGCCAUGCAGGAGUCCGCCUGGAUGCACAUGCCUCACCCGUCCGACUCGGAGAGGAUCAGGCAGUACCUGAUGAGGAACCCCUGCCCAACACUGCCUUUUCACCAGCAGGUGCCACCUCCUCACUCCGACACUGUGGAGUUCUACCAGAGACUGUCUACAGAGACCCUCUUCUUCAUCUUUUACUACUUAGAGGGUACAAAAGCGCAGUAUCUAGCAGCCAAGGCCUUGAAAAAACAAUCAUGGAGGUUCCACACCAAGUACAUGAUGUGGUUCCAGAGGCACGAGGAGCCCAAGACCAUCACUGAUGAGUUUGAGCAAGGGACAUAUAUUUACUUUGACUAUGAGAAAUGGGGCCAGAGAAAAAAGGAAGGAUUCACAUUUGAGUACAGGUACCUUGAAGACCGGGACCUCCAGUGACGGAUGGUCAACUAGAAUGGAGGACUACUGUCGACAUUCCGGACUGAAUCAACACACACAUGUACACUCUCUUUCAUUCAUCAGGGAGGAGACCCAGAUGCACGUGUGAGGCUGUUUUAUGUCUCUCUGGUGCAUAGUGCAUCUGGAGCCCCUCCCACUCUUUACAAUUCUCCCCGCCCACCAGCCACUCCCUUCGUGACUCCGCCCUCUCAUUCAGACUUAACCCCAGUAAAUCACCCUUUUCUGAGAACUUUAUGGAGCAUUUUUGUGCCAAUAAAGAAGUUGAGUGUCAUCAAAUAAAACAUUCACCCUGUCAGCAAGAUUACAAAUACAAAUCAGUGUGGAUGAAUUAUUUUGCCUAUAGUUUGGCUAUAAUAUUGAUAACUUAAAGCCAACUAAUACAGAUUCUCUGCGCCACAGUUGUGUUAUUCCGAAAAUUAUUCGUUUAAAGUAAACAUAAGCAAUACAUUCAUAUGCACAAUAAUUUUCUUGCAUAUACCUGUCCACCAAAGCUGCUGUUUUCUCUUACCAAGCGUGUGUUUUGGCUUGUUACACCCUUGUCUUGUUAGCUCUGAUCAAAGCACAGGUCUUAAUACAGAUUAGCUUGCAAGUACGUGUUCCAAAUUCUAAUAUUGAUAUUCGUAAUCGUGCUAUCACUGUGGCACCAAGUAAUUGCACCAGUUCAAGCACACUAUUUUUGUUUAUAGACAACAAACAACAGGAGACCAAGUACACGUCACUCAGCUUGUGACUCUCAUCAAAAGAAACGUUUUUUAGACUCAGAAAGGGAAUUAAUUCAUGUUUAUUUAGUAGAGUAAAUGCACAUCUCCAACUGUAAUUUUUGAAAAGCGACAGGCUUCAGUAGACUUGCAUGUCUUACAGAUUUCAUUUCAAAGUAGCACUCAUAAAUUUUCCAGGAUUCUGUUGCCCUUAUUUGUUUGUGCUGUAUAGAUGAACAUCCACCAAAAUAAUUUUAAUAAGAAGAAAAUGCUGUAGAGGUGAAUAAAGUCAGUCAUUUUGACAUUUCUUUACAAUUCAGCAAGAAUGGGGCGUUAAAUAUCCAAUCUUACGAAAUGCCCAUGCACACAAUCUUGUUUUUAUCUUAACCUUUAUCUUUCCCGAUGAGCGUGUGGAAGAGAGCUGAAAUGUGAAUUAUAUAUAUAUUUUUUUCCUAACUGGAAAAGUGUUGUUCAGAACAUUUGUUCUCCUCCUGUUGACCCCCCCCCC